CUCUAAGAUCUAUUUUCAAAAGUCCUAAUUUGCGUUUCUUGCUUGGUGUUCGAAUGGAUUGUGGAAGUUCUAACCCUAAAUUUGUGGGUGAUGUAUGUUUUAGAAAAUGGGAGAAACAAGGGAGAAUGAUGCCUACGAGGAAGAGCUUCUCGACUACGAAGAAGAAGAAGAAAAAGCUCCCGACUCUGCUACAGGCAAAGUCAAUGGUGAGGCCGCCAAGAAGGGAUAUGUCGGAAUACACAGCUCAGGAUUCAGGGAUUUCCUUUUGAAGCCAGAACUUCUUCGUGCUAUUGUGGACUCUGGCUUUGAGCAUCCUUCUGAAGUGCAACAUGAGUGCAUUCCACAAGCUAUACUGGGCAUGGAUGUCAUUUGCCAAGCUAAAUCUGGGAUGGGUAAGACUGCAGUUUUUGUUCUCUCAACACUGCAACAAAUCGAUCCUACUCCAGGGCAAGUUGUUGCACUUGUUCUGUGUCAUACGAGGUAGUUGGCUUACCAGAUUUGUGAGAUUUGUUAGCACAUCAGAAGUUCUUGAGAGAUUUGUGACAGUAGAGAAAGAGAUCGAGUAGAUUAAGAGUUUAAUUUUUAGUCAGAUGAAGCUGCUGUGGCUACAGAUGCAAAUGGUUGUGGAUGCUAAUAGUGGGCAAGGUUUUUCACCAAUUAAUCGUUCCUCUUCACAUUCAAGCCAACACCUUAUGUCUUGCCAAAAUGAAAGUAAUGAAGAAAACGAUGGGCAAAGGGAUUGAAAGGCAUGUUUGUAUCUCUUCUUGGAUCUGUAAUUUCUGCCACUAAGCAUUUAAUUG